AUGAACUCGGCCGACAGCACAGAUGACAUGAUAGAUACUAUUCAUAGAAUCGAUAGAGACCUUGCGGCUUGGUCUGAUGCCCUGCCGGCUACUUGCCGUCCUAAGAAGCCGAUACUUGCGCCAAUUCAUCUACGCCUGCAUAUACUUGUCCUGCAUUUGGAUUAUUUCAGUCUUGUCCGCUCCCUUCAUUGGGCAGCGAUCUCCCUCAUAGCGGGACUGACCGACGAACAUGUCGGUCAGAAUGACAUUUCGGCUCCAGACAGCGAGGCCUUGUGUGUCGAUGCCACAAGAUCUUAUAUCAGAUCCUUGAACGAGUAUGUCCGACAGAUCUUGUUCUUUUAUUGUAGAGACAUGCUGAUCAUCUAUCCACCCAUCAAGGAACAUGGACGAUGCGAAAAAGUCCAACAUGUUUAUCCUCAUGUAA